GUUUGCAAAUCUACGAAUGAAAGUUGUAGUUCCAUCGAAUCUCGGUUUCCGUUGAGAGUAAAUCCGCGAAAUCCAGUGACGAAAUUGGAUGAUUUGGAUUGAAAAUUGACUUGAAAGAACCCUAGAAUUAGCAGUAGAUCGCAGGGGGUGGCAUCAAUGGCUUCCACCGAGGGUCUGGUGCCGAUAACCAGGAAUUUUCUUGCUUCUUUCUACGACAAGUACCCUUUCCAGUCUCUCUCCGACGAUGUCUCUCGCCUUUCUUAUCAGAUUCGCUCUAUGGCCUCCGAUUUGUACAAUGACUCUCCUCUCACUCAAGGUGAAACUCUAUUGGUGAAAGAAGCAGACUGUCCACCUCCCCAUAAAAUUGAUGAGAACAUGUGGAAGAACCGAGAACAAAUUGAAGAAAUUCUUUUUUUACUAGAAAGAUCUCAUUGGCCACCAUUGCUUCAACGGCAGUCCACACCUGAAGACACUGAACUUGGUCUUAUUCUUGGGCAUCUCAAAGAUAAAUUUCAAAACACUAUGAAGAUAUUGCAGGCUUUCCAAUCCAAAAAUUCUGAAAAUAUAUUCAACACAGUUAUGACCUACAUGCCUCAAGAUUUUCGGGGAACCCUGAUCAGACAACAAAGGGAGCGCUCAGAGAGGAAUAAGCAAGCUGAGGUUGAUGUGUUGGUUAAUUCUGGUGGAAGUAUACAAGAUCGAUAUGCUUUGCUGUGGAAUCAACAAAUGGAAAGGAGGAGACAGUUAGCUCAGCUUGGUUCUGCAACAGGUGUCUACAAGACCCUUGUUAAGUACUUGGUAGGAGUGCCACAGGUUUUACUAGAUUUUAUCCGACAACUAAAUGACGAUGAAGGGCCAAUGGAAGAGCAGCGACAACGUUAUGGACCACCUUUAUACAGCCUUACGACAUUGGUGCUUUCAAUACGACUUUUUCUUUUUCUAUCAUGGAGGCGGUUUGAGGCAAGAAAAUUAACAAAAGAGCAGUUAACUGUCUUGGGGCAAGCAGUGGAUGUCUACACCUCUGAGUUUGAAAGGUUCAUCAAAUUUAUUAGUGAGGUCUUUGCAAAUUCCCCCUUCUUCAUUUCUGCUGAAGAUGCUGGUCCAAUAGAAGCAAGGAAAAAUGAUGAAUACAAAGAAAUAAGCGUUCCUGCUGGAAAAACUCAUGAGGUUUCAUUGAUGGUGGAGUCAAUAAACUCAUAUAUUGCUUGGGAUUUCUCCUUGGCACAAGGCAAAAUGAAUGCGGAUAUUGGAUUUAGCAUGGAGUACACAAAUGCUUCCGGGGAUAAAACAUUGAUCUUACCUUACCGGCGUUAUGAGUCUGACCAAGGUAACUUCUGCACGUGUAUGGCUGGAAACUACAAACUGAUUUGGGACAAUUCCUAUUCAACUUUUUUUAAAAAGGUCCUACGCUACAAGGUGGAUUGUAUACCUCCAGUGGUGGAGCCUGUGGCAGCUGCAACUGACGUGAAAGUAUGAGAGCAACCUCUUGGGUGCGCAGCAGGGAGCGAGGUGUCUUCCAAAUCGUUGUGGUCUGCUGGUUCCUCUCACAUCAAAUGUAUUAUUUUUAAUUUUAUUUUUCAUCCCAUAUCCAGAUUUGGUUAUUUCAGUUGGGAUCCCUUUAGAUGUAGCUUGAAAUGAUGCUUGUAUAUUAGAAUUGGGUGUUGAAUCGAGAAUCCAUUCUUGUUAUGAUACAAUGCAAGUGAAGAGAUAUCAACUAAUAAUAAGCAACUUUCAAGUUUCAAGAAAUGCAUUCCUGAUGUUGAUGAUACUCAUUUUUUGGGUAAUGUUAAAUCUUUAUUUA